AAGCUAUUCUGUAAUUUUUUUAUUGGCAAAUUUAAAAAAAAAGAGAUUUUUUAUAAAAGUUUAUAAGAAAAUUUCAUUCAGCCGAAUCAAAACAAAUAAACGAUGAGGUGAUUGCGAAGAACAUCGGUAUGAACAGUUCGACAGCAUGGUUUGUUUCCUCUCUUGUUUGCUUAGUAUUUACAGUAUUCAACAUUUUAACAGUGAUUGUUAUUCUAUGUUCAAAAAAUCAAAGAAAUAGAGUUACUACUUGUCCUAUACUUUAUUUUCUCGCCGCCUCUGCCCUUCAAGGUUUUGCAGCAUUUCCUUUAUAUGUGUUUAAAAAGAUAGCUUACCAAGAAGAUGUACCAAUAUGGCUAUGCGAUGCAUCUCGCUUCACCUAUAUGCAUUCUGGACAUGUCUUAAAAAUCAGUUUAUUACUUGUAAGUUGCGAUAGAUUGUUUGCAGUCAAAUACCCAUUUAAAUACCGUGAGCUUGUUUCGCGAAACAAAAUGAUUAUCAUCAUACUAAUCAGUUGGUUAAUAACUGUUAGUAUAGACUGUGUGCCUUUUUUUAACAAAAAUGAAAAAUUUGAAUCAUGUCAUUACUUUCCCAGCCAUGUUUGGGGAUUUUUUGUAAUUAUUUGCUAUGAUAUUUUUCCGUUUUUUAUAAUGGUGGUAAGUUAUAUAACAAUUUGGAAAAUUGCCGCUCGAUUAAGUUUAGCAGAUAAUAGUGUAAAAGUUGAUAUGAACAGAAAUAAAGAUAAAAGUGCUUUGAUAAUGACAAACACUCGCUCAAAAUCGAAAGUGGACAUUCUUCUGCAGAUGAAAGCGACAAAAACAUCAUUAACACUUAUUGUUGUUCAUAUUGUAUGUUGGGCACCUUUGGGGGUAUUUUACACGUACGACCAUUUUUGUAAAAACUGUUGGUCUAGAGCAAACAAUCUGGAAGAAGUAAGAGCAGCUAUAAAAAUUCUUUCUUCAACUUCCAGUUUUUUUGCUCCAGUUAUUUAUUGUUGGUUUAACCACGAUUUCUUCAAAGCGGCACAAAAUUUACUACAAAAAUGUGGAUGCAUAUUUCUUUCUUAUAAAAAGAGUGAUCAUAAACAGAAAGAAACGUUAACUCUAGUACAUACAGUUUCAUUAAAUAGUAAUUAACAAUUUGCAUUUUUUCUUUGCGUUGUUGAAAAUCUUCAAAAAAUUUUAGAAAAGUUGUGCAAUUUUUAAAGGAUACAUAAAAAAAAACUUAUUGGCUGGCCCAAUUGUUUGAGAUUUUAUUUUUACAAAAUGGUAUAGUUAUCAAUAAGUAAGCAAUGCUAAAUUAUUAAGAUUGCAUAUACAUUGAAUUGCCAAAAAUGAAGAAAAGUAUAAAAAUAUUAAGAAAGUCAGAUAAAUAAAUAUUAAAAAUAUGGAGAAAAAGACUAUCGAUAUAACCGCUGGCCGUUACCUCCACUUUAUUGAUGUUGAUGAACUCAAUUAUUUUUAAUAUCAAUUAACAAAAACUCAAACUCAUUGAAAGCCUAUAAGACAAAUUAAAAAAUAAAAAUUGUAGUUGCUUUCCUUAAUCAAUGAAAAUUGAAUCUCGAAAUAUAUUUUCAAUAAUA